AUGUCCUGUAACGAGUUCAGUCGACGAAGCCUCUGGGGCGCGGCAGCGUCGUCUGGCGAUGCUCUUCCUUCCGCAGAUCCUGAAGUCAAGGUCUUCCGAGCGGGUCCAGAAGGCGAGUACGAGCGGCGGAAGCAGCUGGGGGAGCUGCGAACGGGCGACCCGUUUCAGGACGAGACCGUGGGGACGCUGCAGAAGCUGUAUGACGUGUUGAUCGGCUUCGGAGGCCAUCCCGAGUUCCAACUUCAAAAGAGGAAGCGGCGGCCGGCCUUCUGGUCGCUGUUCAUGCGCAAGCCGCAGAGCCACCCGCCCAUGAGGGGGCUGUACCUGUGGGGCGGCGUGGGCACGGGCAAGACCAUGAUGAUGGACCUCUUCUUCCACGAGCUCCCAGAGUGGAUCACAAAGUCGAGGAUCCACUACCACGACUUCAUGCUCUCAGUGCACUCCAGGCUACAGAAGCACAAGGGCACAUCUGACCCCUUGGAGGUGGUGGCUACCGAGAUUGCCUCGGAAACGAGGGUUCUCUGUCUGGAUGAGUUUAUGGUGACAGACGUGGCAGAUGCCAUGAUCCUCAACCGCCUCUUCAAGCACCUGUUCGACAGAGGAUUGGUGCUCGUGGCAACGUCCAACCGGCCCCCAAUACGACUCUACGAGAACGGCCUUCAACGGGACCUCUUCCUCCCCUUCAUCGCCCUCCUCCAGUCUCAGUGUGUGGUGCAUGAGAUCAAGUCAAUGACUGACUACCGGAAGCUGGCGGCGGUGGAGCAGGGGUGGUACUUCACAGGCCCGGGGGCAGCAGCGCUGCUGGCGAAGAAGGUGGAGCUGCUGGUGGGAGGGGCGGAGCUGGGUCCUGUGGACGUGGAGGUGCUCAUGGGGCGGAAAAUCAGGGUGCAACGAGCAGCCAAAGGAGUGGCAGCAGUGCACUUCUUUGAGCUUUGUGAGGUGCCUCUCGGUGCUGCUGACUACUUCGCCCUCUGCAAGAACUUUCACACUAUAGCCAUGGAGGGCAUUCCUGUAUUUGGGGCAUCUAACAGAGGGGCGGCGUAUCGAUUCGUCACUUUAAUUGAUGUGAUGUACGAGCACAAGACCCGCCUCGUCUGCUCGGCAGAGGGCACUCCCUUUGAGCUCUUUGAGCGCGUGGUUACCAUCGCAAACGCGCCACGUAGGACGGCCGCCAGGUCAGCAAGAUCCGAGGAUGCUGAUGUGGCGGUGGACGACGAGCUGGGAUUCGCUAAGGACCGCACAGUCAGCAGAAUGAUGGAGAUGCAGAGUACGGAGUAUGAGCAUGACAAUGCAGUGGCAUACAAGCACAUGUUAGAGCAACCGUAG